UCAGAAAAAUCUCUGCAUCACCUCCCAGUUCAAGAAACUUUUUUGUUUUUCUUUUAUAAACUGAAUUAUCAAACCUCUCUUUUGCUUUUUCUUUCAUUAAACUCUGUGUCUACUCUCAGGAUUUUCUGCAUAUUGUUGUUCCUUGAAGAACAUCAUGCCAUGGCAGUCAAGCAUGAAAAUAUAUAUUUUUCUCAAUAUUGUUUGAAUUAAGAUCAUCAUUAUUAAGACAUGUCUUGCAAUGGGAUGGCUUUUUUUCCAGCCAAUUUCAUGCUCCAAACUCCUCAUGAAGAAGAUCAUCAUCAUCAUCAACCCCCAACUUCCAUCAAUCAAAUGCUUCCUUCAUGCACACCCCAAGACUUUCACGGUGUUGCAUCAUUUCUGGGGAAGAGAUCAAUAUCAUUUUCUGGUAUAGAUCAUGUAUGUGAAGAAGGAAAUGGGGAGGAUGAUUUAUCAGAUGAUGGUUCACAGGCAGGAGAGAAGAAGAGGAGGCUGAACAUGGAACAAGUGAAGACCCUUGAGAAGAACUUUGAGUUGGGGAACAAGCUUGAACCUGAGAGAAAAAUGCAGCUGGCUAGAGAUCUUGGGUUGCAACCAAGGCAGAUUGCUAUUUGGUUCCAAAACAGAAGAGCAAGGUGGAAAACCAAGCAACUUGAGAAAGACUAUGAUCUCCUUAAAAAACAGUAUGAAGCUAUCAAAGCUGAUAAUGAUGCACUCCAAGCUCAGAACCAAAAGCUUCAUGCUGAGAUAUUGGCACUGAAAGGCAAAGAACCAACGGAAUCCAUCAACCUCAACAAGGAAACGGAAGGUUCAUGUAGUAACAGAAGUGAAAACAGCUCGGAUGUGAAGCUGGGUAUGUCAAGGACACCAACAGUCAUUGACAGCCAUCCGACAAGCUGCAGAACCCUUUUCCCAACAUCCAUUAGGCCAACUACUGCAGUCGCACAGCUGUUUCAAACCUCAUCAUCAAGGCCUGAUAAUCACCUUCAAUGCCAAAAGAUGGAUCAAAUUGUUAAAGAAGAAGGCCUGGGUAACAUGUUCUGCAACAUCGAGGAUCAAACCGGGUUUUGGCCGUGGCUCGAACAACACCAUUUCAAUUGAUGAUUUGGAAUGUUUGAAAAAGUACUCGUCGAUCAAAGUGUCAUCCCAAUUACAGAAAAACAUAACAUGGUUUAUUUAUUUAUGUUAUACAUAAUGAUUAUGAUAUGUAUCCAAGGUUUUGGUAACUAGAGAGAGAGUGAUGUAUAAAAGUAGAAAUCAUAUCAAGUGAAAAUUUUUUUUAUGAACAACAGGGCCCUGAAGUGAUGAUUAUGGAGAAAUAUUUUGCGUGUGUGUAUGUAUAGGCUUAGAGCAUAGAGAUGUUUGCUAGGUUGAAUCAUGCAAGAAGAAUUUCCAAGUGAAAUUAUAUAAGUUUAAGUUGGCAAUGA